CAAAAACAAACAUGUUUCUUGCUAUUUAGUAAAGCGAGGACACAAAUAUUUGUUGUACAUCUUAAAAGGGAAAAUAUAAGCUUGUAUUUCCUUGCAACAUGAGGUUUAAAGUGACCCUCGGCCAGAAAUUGGACCAGCAAAGCGUUCCAGUUACUUGCGUCGGAUGGAGUAACACUGAGGAAGUUUAUUCAAUCAGUGACGAUAAUCAAAUCCUGUCAUGGUCAGUGUCCACUAAUCAACCAACAAAAAUCGCCCAAAUGGACAAAGAAGUAUUUGCCACCGACAUGCAAUUUCUGCCAAGAGUCGGUGGAAGCCUUGGAAAGCAUGGAGAUUUAUUUUUAGUAACUUCUGCUGAUGGAAAGUUUCACAUAAUCAAUCGUUCUGGAAGAAUCGAAAGAAGCAUCGAAGCCCACAAAGGCGCAAUUUUGGUCGGACAAUGGGGUAACGACGGUACAGGCUUACUUACAGCUGGUGAAGAUGGUUUAAUAAAGAUCUGGUCAAAAAGCGGAAUGCUUCGGUCAACAGUAGUGAACAGCGACAGUUCAGUUUAUGGAGCUUGCUGGUCUCCAGACAGCCAAAGCAUUGCUUAUACCAAUGGAACUUGUGUGGUUAUCAAACAGCUGGCACCCAACACUAAACCGUUAAAAUGGAAAGCUCACGAUGGUUUAGUUCUCUGCCUCGCUUGGAGUGUCGCCUCAAACGUUAUAGUUUCAGGUGGCGAGGACUGUAAAUACAGAGUGUGGGACUUUCAAGGAAGGCCAGUUUUUUCCAGUGUACACCAUAGUCAUCCAAUCACUUCUAUUGCGUGGGCUCCUACUGGGGACCUUUUUGCUGUUGGAUCUUUCAAUACUUUAAGAUUGUGUGAUUAUUCUGGAUGGUCUAGGGCUUUGGAAAAACCACAAUCAGGAAGUGUUUAUAAACUGGCUUGGUCAAAUGAUGGUAGCCAGCUAGCUGGCGCAUGUGCCAAUGGAAACGUGUUUUUUGCUCACAUCAUAGAAAGACAUUCGCAUUAUUUGAACUUCAGUGCUACGGUCAGUGAACGUAAAAUGGUAACUGUGAAAAACAUCUUAGACGACACUUCUGAGUAUUUAGAGCUACCAGAGCGGGUGAUUCAAAUGAUAAUUCGAUACAAUAAUCUGGUAAUAACAACUCCUGGUCAGUGCUACAUUUAUAGCAGUAGCAAUUGGAACACUCCAUUUAUAUUUGAUUUGAAAGAUGGCGCUGUUAUCCAUUUGGAAUUAGCAGAGAAGCACAUGCUUUUAAUCGAAAAAAACACUGUAGGACUAUACAAUUACCAAGGGAAAAUGAUAAGUCAACCAAAAUGGCCAAACAUGAGACUGGAUUCAAUUAAAGCACCACUUAUAUCUUUAUCCAACGAUUUGUUGGCUGUAAGAGAUGCUAACGACCAAAAAUCCAUCCACCUAGUAGAUCUGACUGGUAAUCGCAACGCAAACGACCAAACCACAAUCCAACACACAUUACCGAUCCUGCAAUUAUCCUUGGACCAACACGGACCUGUUUUGAAUAGACUGUUGGCCUUAUUAGACAAAUCAAGAGACUUGUUCAUUGUCCCAGUGAAAAGUUCCAAUAAAACUUUCAUGAAACUCGGUCGAAAAGUUGAUUCAUUUAAAUGGAACGCCACGAUAAAUAUUCUAGCUGCGAUCCAAGACGCGCAACUGAUUGUCUGGUAUUGUCCGACUGCCGCUUUUAAUUCCAAGCUGCUACAUUUGUGCUCGAUGCAAUAUGAGUCGAAUGAAUUAGGGAAGAAUCCUAGAAUUAGUGAUUUCGUGGGUAGUUCGGUGUCGAUUCGUAGAGCUGAUGGGUCUUUAAUUAACGUGCCUGUAUCUCCGUUUCCCCAAUUGAUUCAUAAGAAAAUUCACGAUAAUAAAUGGACAGAGGCUUUGGAUUUGUGCAGAAGUGUUAAUAUUGAAAUGGUUUGGGCUUGUUUGGCCGUGUUGGCUACACAAUCGAAUUCUGAAACUGUUGACAUAGCCGAGGAGGCUUUUGCUAAUAUAAAUCAUUAUGAAAAAGUUUAUUAUAUUCAAUACAUAAAGAGUUUGCCAUCAAAACCUGAGCAAAAAGCCCAUAUGGCACUACUAGGAGGCAAAACUGAUGAAGCCGAGUCAAUUUUGCUACACAAUGGAAUGGUGUUUCAAGCAAUUUAUAUAAACAUAAAUAUGCAUAAUUGGACAAGAGCUCUGGAUCUUGCACUCAAACACAAAGCUCAUGUUGACACUGUUUUGUACCUGAGAGAAAAAUAUUUGGAAACUUUGGGAAAGCCUGAAAAUAACAAUAAGUACAUUAGCUUACGUGAAACAACGACAAUAGAUCCUGAAAAAAUUGAACAAAAAAUUGCUGCUGAACAAAAAAGGAAACUUAGUCAUUAAAUUGUUGUUGCAUAAUAUAUUAAAUCAAAUAUGUAUAAAGAAUAGGAAUGUGUUUUAAAUCUUACUUCCUAGUGACUAGUUAUUAGCUAAUUUUUCUUCAGCUAUUUUCAAAUAAUGCUCAUAUUGGCCUUUUCUUGUAGGAUCCAGUUCAAUCAAUUCCUUAUAAAACUGGACUCUCUUAUCCACAAAUUCACUGUCACUUAAAACUAGACUUCCUGUUAGCCAGCAUUUGGCUAAAACCACCCCUAAAAAAAACCAUUUUAUAAAAUACUUACGUGAUAAAACAUUUGUAUUAUAAAAAAAAUUUAGCAUUGUCAAUAAUCCAGUUUUGUAUUUUUAUCUACAAUUGUGUAUAGUGAUCAAGGUUUUGCAGAUUAUCUUCAUUUUCAGUGUGGUAACGUGGUAACUAGGACUUUACCUCAAAGUGUGGAGCUGGAGGAUGUUUUAAAAAUAUGUAGUUUGAAGAAACUAAAAAAAUACAGCAGAUUUCUUGGGUAAUUUUUUUAUCUCAUAUGUUGAGUUGACUGCCAUUUGGGGGUGAAACAUUGACCUGGGUGAAACAUUAUAUGAGACUUAUGGAAGAUAAAAAAAUUGGAGAAAACCUCUUUAUUAAGUUUUAUGCUAUACAGGGUGUCCCACGAGGUUUUUCCCAAAUGAUAACUUUGGAACACAUCAUCCUAUGUUCCCAAGAAUUGGUGUAAACAAAUCCUCAAAGGGGAAUUUCCCACGCAUAAUUCCUCAAAAUUCCUGCAAAUUCCUCCAAAUUCCUCCAAAGAGCCCAUCACAAAUUCCUCCAAAUACCCCACCACGAACUUUUCCAAAUACCCCACAAAUUCCUCUAAAAAAAGGGAAAAUUUUGAAACUUUUUGCAUGUAAAAAGGAUGAUGAGAAGAACAUUUUCCCAAAAUUUCAAAUUUUUCCAGUGAAAAACAGCAACAUGAAAAAUCUUGGAAAUCAACCUACAAUAACUGAAUUAGUUGAAAAUACAGUCUCACAUAUUUCAAAGUUUUCCUAGAAAUCUAUUGAAGGGAAAAUUUUGAAACUUUUUGCAUGUGAAGAGGAAGGUGAAAUGUUCAUUUUUCCAAAAUUUUCCAAUGGAAAACAGCAACAUGAAAAAUCUUGGAAAUCAACCCACAAUAACUGAAUUAAUUGAAAAUACCGUCUCACAUAUUUCAAAGCUUUCUUGGAAAACUAGUAAAGAAAAAUUUUUGAAACUUUUUGUAUCUAAAGAAGAAGGUGGGAAGCUCA